UCGUCAUGGAGUCCCCGCCGCCAUCCUUCCGAUCCAAACGCCAGCGCAUCACGGUGGACACCAGCGGUAGUCUCCACUGUAUAAAACACGAGAAUCAAGAGGACGAAAGCGAGUUCCAGCGGCACACGCGUCUGCGCCGCCUUCGCUACCUGGAUCACCUCGAAGAGUUCCUAGAAUCCCAAGCGUAUUUCAAAGCCGUCGACUUUCCCCCUGAACCCAACACCAAUGCAUAUCUUCAACGAUAAAAAGCAACACCAUCCCCUCGUCUGUGUCGUUAUACCAACGCUACUGUAUUAGGCAAAGUCCAACAGCGCUUGUACCGCCGAGAGCACGGUCGACGGAUGUGGCGCGAUGCCACCUUCUACCAUCCGACUAAUACCACAUUGUGAAUCUACUUGAUCG